GCGGCCGCUGCAAGCAGGUGGGGGCGACGGCUCCGCCUCCGCGUCCCGGCAGCGCCUGAGCCUGGCCCGGAGCGAGCGGGGAACACAGAGACCGGCUCAGCCAGGCGCGCAGCGACAACGCCAAGCGCGGUCUAUAGACCCAGAGUGGACAGCGGGGACGACGGAGACCGCGGCGCCAGCUCGAGUCCAGUCCGCCCGGCCAGGGCCAGCUGCAGGCAGCCUGCAGGAACGUCACCAGAAAUGCCCACCUGGAUCUGAAUGCCCACCUGCCUUCCUGAUGAUGAUGAACAUACAAUUGUAUAGACCAGAAACUACUCUCUUGGAACCAUUCAUAAGCAAGAGACACCAACACUGUGACUUAUGCCGGUGCCGCCUCCGCCACCACCACCUCCACCGCCCCCACCUCCUCCACCUCUGGGGGCUCCUCCCCCUCCACCUCCACCAGGGCCCCCGGUUAGUACAGAUGCACCCAGCUUAAGGAAAACAGACCUGAAAGGUCGGAGUGCGUUGUUGGCUGAUAUCCAGCAAGGAAAGCGCCUACGAAAAGUCACCCAGAUCAAUGACCGCAGUGCCCCGCAAAUCGAGAGCUCAAAGGGAACCAACAGAGAUGGAGGAAGCUCUAGCAGCAAUGCGCGAGGAGGAAACACACCCCCCGCCCUGGGAGAUCUCUUUGCUGGUGGCUUUCCUGUGUUGAGACCAGCAGGCCAGAGGGAUGUGGCAGGCGGCAAGACAGGGCAGGGCCCUGGCUCCCGAGCGCCUUCUCCCCGGCUCCCCAUCAAAACUAUCAGUGGCCCCCUUCCUGCCCCUGCAUCUCCCAGGCUGGGCAAUGCCUCAGAGGUGCACAGCUCUGCCAGGCCGAUCCCUCCUCGCCCCAGUGUGCCUGCUCCACCACCUCCCACUCCACCACCGCCCCCACCUCCACCUCCACCCUUGCCCCCGGCCUCGGCCUCCACCACCAAAGCUCCGUUGGUGUCCCCACCUGUCCCUCUAACCAAGGGGAGUCCCUCUGUGGUGCCACCCCCUGUACCCUGCGCACCUCCUCCCCCUCCGCCCCUGAUCCCACCUCCGCCCCCGCUGCCCCCAGCUGCAGUGCUCAGUGACAAAGCAGUGAGGCCCCAAUUAACCCCACUGCACCUGCCGCCCAACCCGCCCCCACUCCCUCUCCUCCCACCCUGUGGGUACCCAGGGCUGAACACAGAGCCCAGCAGCCCUGCACAGGAGGUACGGGAGCCUCCAGCCCCUCCUCCUCCACCACCACCUCCACCGCCACCGCUCCCAAUCUAUGCCUCUUGCUCCCCCAGGGCCGCUGUGCCCGCGCCCCCUUUGCCAGGCUCGAACAACAGUGGCAACGAGACUCCUCCCCCACUGCCCCCCAAGUCCCCAAGCUUCCAGGCUCAGAAGGCCUUGCCCACUCCUCCGGGUGUUCCUGGCCCUCAGGCCAUCCUGCAGAAGAAGCGACGAGGCCCAGGAACCAGUGGGGGGAAGCUAAACCCACCCCCAGCUCCGCCUGCCAGAUCGCCCACCACAGAGCUUUCCAGCAAAAGCCAGCAGCCUGGAGGCCAGCUGCGGAAUGGAAGCCAGCACAUGAUUGAUGACUUCGAGUCUAAAUUCACGUUCCACUCCAUGGAAGACUUUCCCCCUCCAGAUGAAUUCAAACCAUGUCAGAAGAUAUACCCCAGCAAGGUCCCCAGAAGCCGCACCCCUGGUUCCUGGCUCCAAGCUGAGGCAGCUGGGCAGAGCUCGGAUGACAUCAAAAGCAGAAAUUCUCAGUUGUCUCUGAAGGCACUCCGGUGAGAAGACAGAGGAAGCCAAGGCCCUGGGGUUCUUGAUUGGAUGGACACCGGGAUAACGCGUCGAGACUGUACCAUGCUCAAGCUCCAGUCAUUGACAGGCAGGCUCUGAAGGGAGCAUUAUUUAUUGUAAAUAAUGACUUGCACGAACUUUGAAGCACCCUUUCCGUCAGCUUUUAUUUGAGUAAUAUUUUAAUAUUUUUAAAUAUGCAUCUUGGCACUUGUCUGUCUUGUACAGACGGAGCCCUAUCCCACCCUGUAGUGUCCACUGUGACUAUAAACUAUGCUUGCAGGCUGGUCCUUCUGAAACGUUUUCCAGAGCAUCCUUAGUUUUCAAGUCAUCCCAAAGUCAUAAAUAUCCACAACAGCUUCUUAUUGGCAUGACUCUCAUCCCACCAACUGCAAAAUCCAACCAGAUAAUGCCUUAUAGACAAUGCAGCCCAGAGGAAGCAGUGUGUCCCCGGGUCCUGGCAGUGCCACACAGCCUCCAGUGAGCGAGAUGCCAUGUCUCGCUUCUUUUUAUCGAUACAGGGAUGUCGUUUUGCUGCCUAGUGUAAAUAUAUCCCAGUGCAAAGAUUAGAGUGGGCUUGGCCCCUCACAUGCCUUCCGCAGGGACCCCUUUUGUAACAGAUCUUUUACAAAUAGCCAAUGCUUUUACUGUUUACAGCAUCCCUAGUGCCCAGUCUCCAUCCCUUUCCUUCUGCCCCUCCAAGUUUCCAGCUCCAUCCUGAUAGCCAGGGUAAAGUCAGCUUUAUGAGAUUUUGAUAUCUUGCCACCUCUGAAGAUUACAAAUGUACAUAGCUCAUGAUUAUGAUAAGCUUAUUUUUACCUCAGAGGUUUCCCUCUCCCAAACCCUACCCUGAGUGUAGGAUUUACAUGGAAAAUACAACAUACAUUUUAAAAAGAACAACUCAAGGCUGGGGCAAUAGCGCCAUUGGUAAGAUGUUUGCCUCACAAGCCUAAGGAUCUGAGUUCAAUUGCCAGUGCCCACAUAAAGCUGAAUAUGGCAGUGCACACUUGUAUCCCAUUGCUGGGGAAGCAGAGGCAACCAGAUCCCUAGGGACUCACUGGCCAGCCAGGCUAAUCAAGGAGCCCCUGGUCCCAGAGAACGAUAUUGUCUCAAAAUACAACAUGGCAACUCCUGAGGCCACAACACCCAAAACUGACCUCUGGCCUCUCCAGACUCACACAUACAUGUGCAUGCACACUCCACACAGAAACAUAUGCACCCAUACACAAAUACAUACAAAAGAACAAAGCAUUCCAUUGGUAGGAAUCCUAGAACACCCGUCAGCCCAAAGGAUUUCCCUCUGAACGGAAAAGCACAGCUGUCUGAUAGCUGUCUGCACUUGUGGUGUGUACCUGGAUUGGCAGCCAGAUAUAUGCAACAAGUUUAGGGGUCCUGAAUAGAUGGAGGGCCAAGCCAGGCUGGGGCUGCUCUAUGUACUUUUCUUUGGGCCUCAAGGGAGGGAAGAGUAUGCUUUUGCUUCUUGUCAGGCCCCAAAAGCUCCCGUCUGCAGGCUGUAGCAGAGAAGGCAGAAAAUAGAAGGAAACAGGAUCUGUGCUCAGAAUAGCAGCAAAGGAAGAGGACAGUGAGCGUUGGGGUGCCCUGAAGCAUCCCCCUCAGACACUCCCACCAACAAGAACACUAGCCCAGGCCAGGCCAUCCAGAGAUGAUGGACAAGGGUCUUCAGUCAGGUGUCUGCAGACAGCUGUUUUUUGGAGCAAGUGUCUUGUAUUGUUGUGCUUUCUCAUUGGAGAUAGUAGAAACUGAGCCCGGGUCCAGUUCCCAUCUCUGGGACAUGACUCAAGCCACUGUAACAACUAAUGAAAACUGAAAGCCUCCUUGUUGCAGAUUUGUUAUGUUGGUUCUGGAAGUCUGCAGAAAGGUCAGCCUCCACUCCCCUCUACUGGAAACCAGGCAAGUAACAAUAAUAAGAAGUUUUCAUAAUUAUGAGGAGGGCCAUCAGCAAGGCAGCCCUGCCCUUUGAGGUAGACUGCUUGCCCAGCGACUGUUCCCGUAUUUAUGUCUACAACUGAUGGGACAGAAAUGCAAGAGUCUUCUGGGGAGAUGUCUGCUGUCCAAGCAUGAGGACCUGCGUUCAUAUCCCCAGGAUCUACAUAAAAGCCAGGCUUGGGGGUGAAUGUCUGUAACCCGGGUCCUCAGAGUUAGGUAGAUGCAGCAGAUCCCAGGGAGGUCAGUGGCCAGCCAACCUCGCCAAAUUAGCGAGCUGCAGCUUUAGCAAGAAACUUUAAUAAGGAUGAGAGAGAGAGAGAGAGACCAAAACAGACAGUGGUCAUUGGGUUGUUGACCUUUGGCCUCCACAUGCAUGUGCACAGAUGUGCCUUCUCACACUCACACACACACACACACACACACACCACACACACGCACACACACACACAUACAUAGCACACAAAUAAUUUUUUAAAGCUAUUUAAAGACACAGAGAAAGAACAAGCAGAAACCAAAAACAGCAAGCAGAGAGCAAUCUCAGGAAUCUGGCCUAGCAGCUUGCCUCCAGACCUAUCACUGAAGCUCCCCUCCAAGUUCAAGUGGGCAUGCCCAGUUCCCAGCGGCAGUGUACAGGUUGGGCCCCCGACCGUGGCACAUAUGGAGGCAUCCCUGCCACUCUUGCCUGCCCUCACAUUGCAGACUGUGACUCCCCAGUGUCUCCCCUGUAUUUUAUAUUUACUGGUGUCUCCUGCUGCAGAUUCAUUCCUUUGUAUCCAAUAAACUUUAAUAAGUGGCAA